AUGGCCGGCAUUAUUGCUACCCCCACUUCACCUGCGCCGUGGACACGGAAAACAUCCGCCGAGUGUUUAACGACUGCAGAGACAUCAUCCAGCGCAUGCACCUACGACAAUCGCCACGACGGGACCAGCAAUGGCACAGCCCGGUUACCCCAACUGGGCAGCGUGGGCCAGUCCCCGUACACCAGCGCUCCUCCGCUCUCUCACACGCCCAACUCAGACUUCCAGCCGCCAUACUUUCCGCCACCCUACCAGCCCAUUUACCCGCAGUCUCAGGACCCUUACUCUCACGUUAACGACCCGUACUCCAUCAACUCUCUGCACGCCCAGCCUCAGCCACAGCACCCCGGCUGGCCCGGCCAGCGGCAGAGCCAGGAGAGCAGCCUGCUGCACCAGCACCGCGGGUUACCGCAUCAGCUGUGCAGAGAGUACCGCAGAGAAGUGCUACUUCCCUCGGGUCACGGCAUUGAGACUGGACUCACGGAUUCAAUCCCUAUCCAUGGAAUACCUCACUCUUUAGAAGAUGUUCAGCAUGUCGAAGAUCAAGGAAUUCACAUCCCAGACCAAACCGUAAUCAAGAAAGGUCCGGUGUCUCUGCCGAAGGGAAGCCCAUUUGGGAUUCCCUUUCAGAAAGAGCCCCUGCUGGGAAUGGUGUCAAAUCCCACUGAGGUCUUCUGUUCAGUACCCGGUCGACUCUCUCUUCUCAGCUCCACUUCCAAGUACAAAGUAACUGUGGCAGAAGUUCAGAGACGCUUGUCCCCACCGGAGUGUCUAAACGCUUCCCUCCUCGGAGGAGUAUUACGCAGGGCAAAGUCAAAGAACGGCGGCCGAUCCUUGAGGGAAAAACUGGAUAAAAUUGGACUGAAUUUGCCCGCGGGUCGCAGAAAGGCCGCUAACGUCACCUUACUAACUGCUCUGGUGGAAGGUGAGGCCGUACACCUGGCGAGAGAUUUUGGGUACGUCUGUGAGACGGAGUUUCCCGCCAAGGCCAUCGCAGAGUACCUCGGCCGACCGCACGUGGAGCGCAAUGAGAUCAACUCUCGCAAAACCAUGCUCUUGGCAGCCAAGCAAAUCUGUAAGGAGUUCACCGACUUGCUGACUCAGGACAGAUCUCCUCUGGGAAACUCUAGGCCGGCUCCCAUUCUCGAGCCAGGGAUUCAGAGCUGCCUGACUCACUUCAGCCUCAUCACCCACGGCUUCGGCUCUCCGGCCAUCUGCGCGGCUAUGACCUCGCUGCAAAACUACCUCAACGAGGCGCUCAAGCAGGUGGACAAAAUGUACGUGAGUUCGACCGGAGACUCCUCGCAGGCCUCUUCCGACGGCUCCAACAAAGUAGACAAGAUGGACAAGCACAGAAAGUGAGGCUGAGGUCGAACUCGAUCGGACCGUUUGAACGCAACAGCCGCUUUUGUAGCGGAGUGACGUUUUUCCAGACCUGACUCCUCCUCUUCGUCGUAGUUUCCGUUCUGCUUUGUUCUCCCACAUCAAGAUUAAGCUUAAACCCGAAGCCCUCCUGGUUCGCGUCUUGGUCUUCCAGCACUUUCUCCUCCACAAACACAUUUCAAAGCUUAGCCUCAGUCGAGACAGUUCUUUAUCGAGCGACGAGUCAUCAGGAAGUUAUCUAUCAGAGGGGAACUGCAAAGAGGAAGUUGUUGAGUUUCCCAAAGACACCAUUUCAAGAGUUGACGUGGAUUUAAACUGUUUUCUUUUCGCUACCAAUCUGGGAGGAGGAAGUUUGGUUUCUCUGUGUCCUCCUCCUUGGUGCUGACCUCCCAAUGGACCAAGGAUGUGACCAUGUAUGAGACAUUAUAACUUGUUCUAUGCUUGACUUCAUUGGACGCAGUGUUAUUGUUUUUCUGUUCUUUGUGGGAGUGUUGUUGGCAUGAGUGACUGUUUUGUGCGCAUGGGUGUACAUGAUUUCCAAACGACCCUUUGUGCUGAUCAGUGGAUUCCUCUAAACGAGAAACGCUCAAGAUGUAUUUGGCUUAAAUUUCCACUGAGAACAAUUAAAGGACCUUUUUAAUUAAGUUGCCGUGAUCAAAUCAAGUAUCAUACGGAUGGGUGUGUGUGCAUGUUUGGAUUCGUAUGAGCGUACAACCUUGUUGUUCAUCUUUUUGAUGCCUUUUACGUCAGACUAGAAGUUAAAUGUUCCAUUUGUCUUUCCCCAAAUGUAAAUAUUUUCUAAUUUAUGUUGUAAUUUAAUGGGAUUUGUAAAUAUUGGUACAAUUAUGGUGUUUGGUUCCACUUUUUAAAAAAAAGAUGUGUUAAGCUUUUAUAAAGGGGUUUGUUUUUUUUUAUCAUAUAGUGGUUAGGCUACGGGGUCGAUAUUCUUUAUAGAAAUGUGUAAUAUUGGUUUAAAGCUGUAGGAAUAAAAACUCAACACUCUUGAUUUGCGUCUUCCAAGACUCCCCGUUUAUGACGCCGAGUUGUACACUUCACUACACACAUGCCCUGCCAGCGAGGCAUGUCGAACACGGCCAACUCAUGUGUAUAAAGAUUCCUUUUUAAAAUAAAUGUCAGCAAUGCUCACAGAAA